CAAUAUUGAGAAGAGUUUCUGCGAGCAGCUUAGUGCAUACCCAAAGUCACUAAAGGAGGAGAAUCAAGAACUGAAAGAAAAGGAACAAACAUGCUUUCAUAACUGGAGAAAAUCUUUUAGUUGCUCUCAGACUGAAAAGACUUUGUCACGACAACGAGCUCAGAAGACUAGACGUAAUUUCACCUGCCAACAGUGUGGAAAGUGUUACACUAGUAAAGGAAGUCUUAAUGUCCACAUGAGAGUUCACACAGGAGAAAAGCCUUACACGUGCAAACAGUGUGGAGAGAGUUUCAAUCGAUCAGCAAGCCUUAAAAUCCACAUGAGAAUUCACACUGGAGAGAAACGGUUUACUUGCCAGCAGUGUGGAAAGAAGUUCAGUCAAAAAGGACACCUUAUUAACCACAUGAGGAUUCACACCGGAGAAAACCCAUUCACCUGCCAACAGUGUGGAAAAAGUUUCAAUCGAAAAGGAAACCUGACAGUCCACGUGAGAAUUCACACUGGAGAGAAGCCUUUCAAAUGCAAACAGUGUGGAAUAAGCUUCACUCAAAAAGCAAGUCUUAAUGCCCACGUAAGAAUUCACACUGGAGAAAAGCCCUUUGUAUGCGGUCAGUGUGGAAAGAGUUUCAGAUUUAAAGUAGCCUUUAAUCAGCACAUGAGGAUUCACUCAAGAGAGAACGGUUUUAUAUGUCGUCAGUGUGGAAGGAGUUUCACAGACAGGAAACACCUAAAGAAUCAUGUAAGAAUUCACAUCGAAGAAGACUGUCAUUUACCAUCACGGUGGAAAGAGUUUUGCACUUAAACACUCAGUGGAGGCUUCUCAGUGGAGAGAGAAGUGUCUUCUGUGUGAAAGGAGUUUCACAUAUCAUAGAGACAUGAAAAACUAUUGGCAAGCUCGUUCUGGACAUAAAUGACAGAUGUUUUGAAUGUGAAAAGAGGUUUACAAAAAAAAAUCACCUGCACAUGUAUCACAAUAAAAUUAUUUUUCUGAUACAUAUGGAAAGUCAUGCAUAUGAGAGACCCUAUUCUUGUUCUUUUUGAGGAAAGAGUUUUAAAUGGCUCAGCGAUCGGACAAUUAAGUAUCUGUGUGAAAUCAAAGCUAUGAAUGUGCCCCAAAUGCAGAUACUCCAGGUUCCUAAAAGUAUCCCCCAUCCUUCACCUCUUUUUACUUUGUCUUGAAGGUUUUUAUUUUAUUUUGUCAUGUUCAUAUGAAUGCAUGUGGCCACACAGUCCAUCUUCUUUGCUGUAGUCUCAAAUUAUUGAGCAGUUAUGGUAGAUGGCAUAUGAUACAUUUGAUUCAGGAUAAUACUUUGAAAUUAAUAAAUCGCCAGUGUUGGGGAAUCUACUCUGAAACUGUAGCUUAUCA